AUGGCGUUGCAUAGUGCUCUCCCACUUCUCCUUUCUCAGGCCAUUGAAGAAGGGAACCUGGAUUCUCUGGACCACUCUGAUUUCCAGAGCACGGACAUUCCCUUUGAAGUGCCACUCCCAGCCCAACAGCACGUACCUGAGGAGAAGCGGGAGGAGGUCAGGGACUGGGUGCUCACCAUGUCCAUGGACCAGCGGCUGGAGCAGGUGCUGCCGCAGGAUGAGCGUGACACUUAUGAAGCCUCGCUGGUGGCAGCAAAUACAGGGGUGCGCUCUCUGCCCUGUGUGCUUACAGGGUACCCUGUGCUAAGAAACAAGAUCGAGUUCAAGCGGCCAGGCCGAGAAGCCGACAAGGACACAUGGAACAAGUUCCUGAUGGCUGUCAAGACAUCCCACAGCCCUGCCUGCCAAGAUGUGCUCAAGUUCCUCAGCCAGUGGUGUGGGGGGCUCCCGAGCACGAGCUUCUCUUUCCAGUGAGCUGGACCCUGGCAGCUUUCAGUCCUGUUCUUCAGCACCCUCCACGUCCAGCCCCAAUAAACAUGUCUCUCAACCCU